AUGGCCUUAAACAUCGACCCAACGUUCGAUUUCACUCGCUGUAUACUAUGCGGAUGUGCCACCGCCACCCCGACUCCAGUCUGGCUUGACGCAAUCCGCGUGCGUAAGUUCUCAACCUUGUCUUCUGCCAGUGGUUUCUCGCGCGGUGCUUUCAAUUCUAUCAUGCCAACAGGUUCACUGACCAUAUUCAUCAAUCAAAGUACAUCGCACAGCCCGCGGGUGGGUAAACUUAACGGGGAUAGCCAGAGAGUCAACUUUGAGUACGGGCCACCGAAGCCCUGGCGAAGCCGGCAUUGUGUGUCGCCUCCAAGGGGGGACUUUCUCGUUCUACAUGAGCAGUGCUGGCAAUAUGCAAAGAAGAAGCUAUACCCAAGCGGUAAGCCUAAUCUGAAGGAAUUAUAUGAAAUCUUGCGUGAAUUACCGCCGUCGAGAGAUCCUGCAUAUUCUAGCCCCAGCCAGUACCACCCUUGUAGAGAGCAGAACCUGGAGGAAUUCCUCCAGGGUGACAGGGAAUUACCUGAGCCCUCCAGCUCCAUGAAGGAGAAGACCAGCUCGUCUUCUAACUCCAACGAUCCUUUCCGACGACUGCCUCUUGAAAUCCGCGAAAAAGUCGCGCUUUUACUUCCCAGUCACGAAUUCCUGGAUCUGCGGCGAGUCUCACGAGCAAUGAGUACCGUCUUCCAUGAUAACUUCUUCUGGAAGUCGCGGUUCAGACGGGACACUGAUCAUGGAUACCUCGAUUAUAUCGCCUGCGGCGUUACUGGCCUUGAUCAAAGCAAGCUCCAAAGUCAGAACACUGACUGGAGGCUUUUUUACCAUGCUUCCAUGAAGAUUGGGAAUAAAUUCGAGACUACUGUCAAGGUUUGGGAAGUUGUCCAGUGGAUAAAGGAUGUUAUUGUUGCGCGAAAUGGCUUGCAUGCAACACCGUUGUCGUCCUCUGGACGUGCACUACAGCAUUAUCACAAUAACUCAUGCGCUGCCGGUAGAAGAAUUGAAAGAGCCAAAAUCUCACCCUCGCUGGUUAAAAUUGGAGUGACGAUGGUCUCGAGCAAGACGGUCCACGAGAGGGACAAAACCCGGGCAGGAUGGAAAGUGUUCGAUACUGAGACGGACAUCCUAGCGGUGGAGUUCAUCAGCAAAGAGCACGAGAAUAUCACUCUAGGGACCAGAAACAAAAAAUCAAAGAACAUAUGCCCCAGGAACCUGGAGAAGGCAAUGUACGCUUACUACCGCCAGCAGAAUGUCAGGAACAAAAACAAAAAGGCGGCCCCCGAAAGUCCGUUCGAUGGCAAUGGUGUCCGUGUUCUUUUCAACGCAAAGCCCGAGGACUUCAAUGGCUUCCGUAUAGGAUACUUCGAUGAGAAAAUCUCGUCUCUGGGAGUGUUGUGGAAGAGCGUCGCGUAUUCCUACUUUAAUCAGCCACAGGCUUUCGGGUUUGGUGCCAAUGAUGAAUGUGUAUUCGACAUUGGAAUGCAAAUGCAGGAUAUAGUUGAGGUUGUCGCUACUUUUGAGGUUCGUUACUUGAUAUUUGUUUGA